GCAGCGGAAGCUGCAAGCUAGCUUGGCUCUGCCGAAAAUGGGAGUCCCGGCGCGUCUGAUUUCGGCGACGUCGUUUCUUUUCUCGUACAAGAUUCAACUGCUCCCUUCUUCAGAUUGGAAACUCGGUACGUCUACUGCUAGUGCUGUCCUGCGAGGGUGAGAGUGGCACGGUCUGACUUGAUUUUAGGCACCUUACACCCUUUUUUCAACUGGUAGUAUUAGUACUAGUGGAACCAUCUGGGAUUCUUCAAGUGCUACAACUGAUCAUACACGCGGUACCAGUCCAGCCAGCAUCUUAUGGCCCGGGAAGCAGCUCAUCAUCCUAAAGGAAAGCACCUGACCUCAUCACCAUGAAGAAGGCCUCAGGCUGGGAAUGCAGACCGGGCGCGGCAAUGUUGCCACGUAGUCAUUGGGCGAAGCAACUAGUCAGGGAGCACGAGAAGAAGCGAAGUGAUCAUGACGGUAGUAACCGUCAUGGAAAAGACUCUUUAACGGACGGUUACUACCAUGAUGGUGCAGCUAGUAACCAGAACGCCAGUGGGUGCAGGAGUUUGGAAGCCUCUCCAGAGAGUUCACCAGCUCCUGGGGAAAAGGCGAGUCCUUCUAUGGAAGGAGCGGAGAACGUCGAGCAGCAGGAUAUCUCCCAAACGAUGGAGACACAGAAGCUGAAAUCAGAUGAAGCUGAAGGGCGCAGUGCUGGGAAUUUGCCACCUGUUCAAUGGCUACAUAGCACUGCAAUACAGACUCCUGCAGCAGCUCCUGAAAGCUUGGACAACAGUCCAAAUUGGGAUGAUUAUUUUAGGUGUAAGGGGGAAGUGGGGCUUACUAUUUUGUCUGCUGGGCAGGUUCAGCCCCCGGACUCAGCAGCCCAGCACAUGAAAGCCUCAAUGGCGAACGUCUGCGAGUCAUUGGAGGAACGUGGAUUGUGUCAAAGGGCAUCAGUUACCAGAGACACCAUUCCUGACCUGAAUAAACCUCCCCAGCGAGAAAGCUCCUCGGGUCCUUCGGCAGGCAUGUGGCUAGAUUCUGAAGUGCAGAAGUCAGAUUCAGAGCUGACUGACCUCGAGAUUAUGUGCUCAAUUGAUGCAAUGUGGGAGAAGCAGCAGGAGAAGCACCAGGGCAGAUAGGCCCAGUUGCAGAAAUUACACCUAUCUUUCAACAUGUAGAUACGAUGGAAGAUAGGGAGUGAGGAUAACAAAACGAAGAGUAGUGUUGAGGAUGCAUUGCAAGGGAUGUGAAUAUUUCCUAUCCGAUGUUCUUGCCCAAAAACAUACGUUUGGAAUGCGAUUUUAAAC